AAAUUUUCCCGCGUUGUCGCUCUUCGUGCCGAACGUCCAAMACUACAUUUUCGCGUUGUGGAGCGACGGCAAACUUCUUCGUUCAUAAUGGCAAAUCAAACGAGUCAAGCGAUGAAGUGGACAGAGGAGCACAACAUCGUGUUUGUGCGCGAAAUUAUUGCUCAUUCACCUUGGGAUCAUAAAAGAGGUUCAACAGAAAGGGGCGAGCGUUGGAACCGUAUAAGUGCAACGUUAAAUUCUCUUCCCAAUCCAAAAUUUAAAGUAUCACAAAGAUCUGUACGUGAUCGCUACGUACUGCUCGAAAAAAAACAUAAGCAGAAAGUCAGGAAAGAAGAUGGAGAAAGUGGAACUAAUCCUGAAGAAAGUGAGCUUGACCAAGCGAUGGCAGACAUUAUUUCACAGAUGGAAGAAAGUGAUAGAGAAUUCGAAAAAGCAUCCACAGAGAAAAAGAAAAAGAUAGAAGAUGACGCAGAGAAGGGAGAGGAAAUGCGAAGGCAGUCGUUGGAAACUUUUAAGGAGAGCCAGAAGAGAAACGCUGAAUGUGACAACCCAGAAAAACCUGCAAAGAGAAGGAGAACUGGCUCUGAUACCGUGGGCUAUUUGAGAGAGAAAUGUGAAAUUGAACAGAAAUUCAAGGAAGAAGAGUUAGAGUUAAAAAGAAAAGAGAUGGAAAAUCAGCAUCAACUGCACUUGAAGGAAAUAAGAUUGAAAAUGAAGGAGCAAGAGGACAAGAGAAAGAAAGAUGAGUCUGUGCGCGAACAAAUGAGUAUGCAGCAGCAGCAGCUACAAAUUCUCAUGCAGCAACAACAACAAACCAAUUUGAUGACCGAUUGAA